AUGUCUAAAUCUUUGAAGAAACCGAAAAGGUUUCGUCGCGAACCCGUUCCAAACAUAACACCUACAGCAGUCUCGCAGGACUUACAGAACCCGGAUACGCUGACAUUUCGAGCAGAACCUUUACGAUUUCUUCAAAAACCAGCACACGAUGGCAAUGUGGUUGAACAGCACACCAAUUUUUGCGAAACGAACUUCGUCGUGAGCCCGCUCCAAACACAACACCUACAGCAGAUCUGGGAAGCGAACAUCCCAAUCUCGUAG